AUGGCUUCUUCUCAGGUAGAAUUCGCCUCCUCUUCGCCUUUUGGCUGUGCCAUCAGGAGGGAUCAUAGCUGCCGGAAUCCAUGCACCGCCACGCCCUUCAAGAACAAUCUCAAUGACCUGGUUAGUAACUGUGUUUCUGAUGAGAAUUCGCACCCUCAUCAUCAUAUUGAUUAUACUGAUUUAUGGGUUCAUCAACCCCAAUGGCAAACCGCCCCCUCCAGCGUUUCUGCUUCUCCUGAUAAUAAUGUUUUUAUUAGAAAGAAUAAUGAUGAUAAUAAUAAGAACAAUGAAAAUGAUCACGGGAAGAUUAAGGCCAAUGAUGAAGAUAAAUGGGCGAGAGCUAGAGAAAUGGUCUUUGCUGGUGAUAGAAAGAGCCAUGGUCGUAUGUCUUUGGGUGCUUGUUCUGUAUUUAAAAGGGAGAAUUCCCCAAUCCAAUCUGAAACUUCGGUCGAGAUUCCUAAUUUACGAGGUGUCUCUUCCCUGGUUCAGAAAUGGAGAGAUUUUGAAGCCGAGGCCAAGUGCUUGCAGAGUAAUUCGCCUCUUUGUAGCACCAGGAGCAAUUCGAGCACCACUUUGGCAGAGAAUGUUUCGUGCAUUGAUGUCCCUUCGCGACAUUCUGAUGUUUGUGAUGAAAGACCUGUUACGAAUGAGGAAACAUUUGAGGAUUGGGAAUCAGAUAGAAUGGCGUUGAGUGGACCGCCUUCUUCAAUGGGAAGAGAUUCUGAUGCAACAGAAAGGGAGAGGCUCAGGGUCGCGGAUAUCAUUAGAAAGCUGACAUCUAGUACUGAAGAAAAUAAUGAGCAGGAGCAUAUUUCCAGUUGUGAAUCGUCACCUCUUGUUAGAAUGUCAUUGGAUCAAUCAGAACAGAGUUGUUUUUCCUCUGUUCUGAGUUCACCACGCAUCAGGGGACGUGGCACAUUUAACAAUUUGCUUGUGCAAAUGGAGAGCGAGAGACACAAGGAGCUCGAAGGACUUGUAGCACGUAAAGCAGUUUCCAAGUUCUCACAGAGAGGCCGCAUUCAGGCUCUGCUCCGGGUUAGAUUUCUUCGCCGUGGACUUGAAGCUAAAGAAGGUCGACAUGUAAACAGCACAUCAUUUGAAUUUAAAAAGUUUACACAAUCUGCCAUCACACAUAUCAGGGAACGGUUUAAAUCAGAAGUUCAAAAGCGUGCAAUUGACUCAAAGAACUCUCACAGAGAUGAUGUAAAUAAUGCUGCAUCAGCAGAAAAUAUGUUGAAUCAACCAGAUGAACAAAAUAAGCAUCAAGCAACAAAUAACUCCUCAAUUACCGAUAAAGUAUUAGAAGAUCACAUCCUAGAUGCAGAAACAUGUCAAGAAACAAAUGGUUCAAUAAUUUCCCAUAAAGAAAUAGCAGAUCCCAUCCUAGAUGAAGAAACCUCUUCAACAUCCAAACGGCAGGAAGUUGAAUGCAUCUCCCAUGGAGUCAAUGAAAAUAUUCAACAAAGCAGUCUCCAAUCACAUGACUCCAAACACCUCCAUCAGGAAGCAAGCCCGUUAUCAGAUGUUAUGUGGCAACGGACAGGCUGUGAAGCCAACAGUCAUGGCCUGGCUGAAUCUACAGAGACAGCAGAACCCCUUAUCGAUGUUAACAAAAUUAAACAUGCAGAAGAAGAAAAAGUGACUUCUAAUCAACAGCUUACCAGAACCAAUCAUGACUUGAUUGAUGAUCGUGCUCGUCCAGAGGAUGAAUGGGAAGAACUACAUUCUGAUUAUCAGCAACAAGCAGAAAAUAAUACAGACUGGAUAAGUGAAAUAUCACGCCCACGUAGUGAUUGGGAAGAUCUCAGGGAAGCAAGAUACUGUGAGAUGCUUGAUCCUUUCUUGGAGAAUAAAGACAUACGCGUUCUUCUUGAAAGAAGAAGCGUGUCGACUUUUCUUUCCGGUGGUCUGAGAGACCGCAUUGACCAAUUGAUGAUGUCUCGCAUUCAGCAGCCACAACUGAAUGUGAUGAACAAUCUGAUGGAGGAAAGAGGACAAGAACAAGUGAUAGAGGAGGAAGAAAAAGGUGAGGACGAUGAUGUGGUUGCAUUAGAAGAAGAAGAAGAGGAUGAGCAAGAUGAAGAAAGAUCUUAUAAACCACCAUCAUGGCUCCAUAAUGAAGGCCAUGAAGUUAGCGAUGACUCUUAUCAGGCUGCAUCUCCAUCUGAGCAACCAUCUUUAUCAUCAAAUACGUACUCCCAGGAUAAUCGUCAUCUCUCUUCCUUUACUAACCACCAUACAAUUGAAAUGGAUUUCAUGUAUGAUUUGAGAGGACAAAUGGAGCAACUCCACCGAGAGAUGUCUGAACUACGAAGAACAAUAAAGAGCUGUGUCAGUAUGCAGGUUAAAUUACAACGUUCCAUCAAGCAAGAGGCUGAUGCAGCUCUAAGUCAUUCAGAUCGAAAGGAAAGAAAAGAUUCAAUGAAUAAAGGCCCAAGCAAAGGAAGAUGUAGUAUUUGCUGCGAAAUGCAAGUUGAUUCUCUUUUGUACAGAUGUGGGCAUAUGUGCACCUGUUUUAAGUGUGCUCAUGAUUUGCAGUGGAGUAGCGGAAAAUGUCCAAUGUGUGGAGCUCAAAUACUGGAUGUUGUGCGAAUACAUGAUCAUUCUUAA